CGCCAGUCCGACGCGCGCCACCACACAAGACUGUUGUUCGAGCAGCGCAGCCGCCACCGCAGCUAGCACGCAGCGGAGUAGGCAUGCUACAACAGAUGUCCUCGCCGCAGAGCGCGCAACUCGGCGAGGUCGCGACUCUCGUGCGCCCCCUCGAAGGCCGCCUGUUCGGCGACGCAUCUUCGGAGGCCUCUUCGGACGCCGCGGAAGAUUUCGAAUUGCCGCAGUGCAAGAUAAAGAGAAAUUACAACUGCACGAAGUGCACGUUUUACACGCAAAACCCGCGCGCUUAUCUCGUGCACACGCGUGACGUGCACUUUGAAAGACUUAAGAUUUAUGACUGCCCGCAUUGUAUUUAUGCUUCGCGACAUCAACAGAAACUUACGAGACACGUAAAGAUGGUCCACGAGUCUUUCUCCGCUAAAGAGAUGGCUACGCCACAACCUGCUAAUUUGGAAACCUUGGAGCCUACAGAGAGAAUGGAAGAGUUGCUCGAAGAAGUGGAGGAGUGCGACGACAUGCAGAUAGAUGUCGAGGACUGCAAUGAAGAAGCACUCGAGCGCACGUUUGAAACGGAAUCUGCGGGCGCAAACGACGCAGCAGCGGACCAGUCGACCACGGAGAGAAGCAAUUUCUUUCCCUGCAGCAAAUGCAACUACGUCACCCACAUACGGGCGAGAUAUACGAAACACGUCAAAUACCACUCAAUGCCGAUGAUAAAGUGCACUAUGUGCGACUUUCGCACGCCUUACAAAUGGAACUUGGAUCGACAUAUGAAAAAUCACGGAGGUAACGGAAGUUUUCACUGCUCCAUGUGCAACUUCACGGCGGACAUACGUCAGAGUUUGACAGUGCACGAAAUGAAUCACCACACGCCGCCCGUUGGCAUGACCGGUACCAACAGACGUCGCAACCGGGUGGGCGCAAGUGACUUGCCCGCCGGUAUCGACAUGAUGGACGCCAGUGCUCUCAUCUUGAAAGAAGAGGAAGGGAGUGGAGACUCGCAGUCUUCGCACUCUGCAUCGGAAAUGGGACUUCAAUAUAUGGAUAAAGAAGUAAUAAGCUGUAACAGCGACUCUAACGAGGCCUCAACAUCAGAAACUCACAAAAACGAAAACAUGCAAUUAUCAAAGGAAUCCGAGAGUGAAAUGGCAUCAGACGAAGCUAAAAACCAAAAACAAUGUAGAAAAGCGCCAAGACCUAUUCCGCAACUUAUACCAUUAAACACUUCAACUCCCACUCAAGCUAAGGCUUUUCCUGUUGAACCACCAGUUAAGAAGUUCAAAGAAUCGCCAACACCACAAACAGCAGAUACGCAGAAAACGGAAACUUUACCUAUAGACAUAACUUUAACUCCAGUAAAUAAUUUAUUCGUAAAAGAAACGUCCAUCCGGAAAAAGAAUGAGUCCUUUUUUGACCGUCUGAAGGAGAGAUUACUAACUGAAACCGGUGAAAAGGGUACUCUCGUGUGUAAAAAUUGUGGUUUCGAAAGCAAAUGUCUAUCUGAACAUUCUGUUCAUGAGAAGAAUUGCACAACUCAGGCAAAUCGGAUACCAGCGAACGCGCUCCAUUCCAGUUUGGGGUCAACACGAUGUCAACACUGUAGACAUCGAUGUAAAUCCAGUGCAGAUUUGUAUCUUCAUAUGCAGACCUGCAAGAAAAAAGACGGUUUAUUGGAAAAUACUUUAGAAGGAAGUACCAAUGACAGCGCUGGAACUGUAUUGAAUAAUCAAGAAAAGGAUGCGGGGCCACAUCCUAUGGAAAACGUUGUUUUCGUUUGGAACAACAUAAGUCAUAAUAGUGCUAAGUUUGAAACUCCACUAGAUAUAAGUAUUAAUGACGAUUCUACCCUACCAGAACAGCUGCGAGGCUUUGAGCUAGAUAUUGUUGAUGAUAAUGAAACAAUGAAUUUAUCUCCAAGCCAAGCGGUGGGUAAAAAAGUUUUUAAAUGUACGCAUUGUUUGUUUUGGGCUGCCACUGCUUCAAGAUUUCACGUGCACAUAGUUGGACAUCUCAACAAGAAACCUUUCGAAUGCUCUUUGUGCAAGUACAAAUCAAACUGGCGAUGGGACAUUACGAAACAUAUUAAAUUAAAGUCAGCUCGAGACCCAGAACACGCAGAUGCAAAAGUACUCAUGACAGAUGAGACAGGAAGGCGAAACUACAGUAAAUAUAAUAAGUUCCUAGCUAUGCCAGUUAUGAACGAAAAUGGUGAAAACGAGUUUCAUUAUAUCGACCAAAAUACCUCUGCUGAUACAGCAUUAGACGAGGAGUCAUUUAAUGACGAUGGCACCAAUGUACCUAUGGAAAUUCAACCACUUAAUCUACACACUCAGUCAAAUGACUAUAAGUUCGACAUAGAUUGUAGACUGCAGGAUGCUAAGAAACCUAAAAAGACAAUGUGGAAAUGUAAAAAAUGUAAUUACAAGGAUUCCUCAAAAGAAGCGUUAAUAGAACAUGUCCGGGAACAUUCCAAACCAAAUGAGCCUUCCGAUGACGUUAAAGUUGGGAACAAUAUGAAUAAAAAACCAGAAAAUGUGCCUGAUCCUGCGGAUCUUGCCUAUCGGUGUGGACAUUGUAACCAACUCUCCAAUUGGAAACAUGUUAUACAGAGGCAUUGCCGAUUGAAACACGACGGGGUGAUAAAAGUUAUAACAACUGUGAAACCUAAAGUAGACGUAACAGCAUCAGCAAGUGAAUUAUGUACUGAUGUGUGCACGAAGUGUCCGUUUAAGACGAAUGAUAAGAACGUACUUGCAGCUCAUUUACUACAACAUCAACCUUCCGCACAGUCGAUAUUCAAAUGCUACUUUUGCCCUUUUUUCGUCAAGGAUGAGCAUGAAUUAAUACAGCAUCUAGUUUUACAUGGCAUUUCGGACCCAGAAGACUAUAUAUCAAAAGCCAUGGGAUGCAAAUCACCUUUACCAGAAGCAGGAACGAAUCCGUUAAAUCCUUCAAGUACAAAACGACAUAGAUGUACCGAAUGCCCCUAUGAAACUAAUAGUAAAUCUCAAUACAUGUACCACGAGCAGUUCCAUCGACUACCAGCAGAUACUCCAUAUAAAUGUCAAGAAUGCAAUUACAGCGUAUCAAAAAGACAUUUGCUACAUCAACAUAUGAGAGUUCAUGGUAUCCUUGCUAAAAAGAGUGAAAUGGAGGCAGAAUUGGAAGCGAUGUCAUCAAAUUCUAAUCAGACUGAUGCCAAAUCUGAAUGUUCUAUUAAUCUUGACGAGAUACCCUUCGUUUGGGUAUCAGCCAAAAAUGAAUUUCACAAAAUGUAUAAAUGCCGUUAUUGUUCUUACGUUAAUUCUCAAAAAUGUAAAAUACCCAAUCAUGAAAAAAUUCACUGUAUCAUAUUUGAAAACAGUGACAUCACAAUUUAUAAAUGUCUGGAGUGUAAAUUUACCUGUGAUAAUAAAGGAAGAUUAGCAGAGCAUUCGAAAACACACGGAGAAAUAUAUGGUCGCAUUUAUUGUCCAGUUGAAAUGGACAUCCCGGACGAAGAACAGAUUACAAAGUUACGUAUAGUAAUCGACAAAGAGAAACUAAAUGCUGUCGAAGAGUUACCAAGAGAGCUAGAGAAUCUAGGUGAAAUCAAGGAAACCAAAACUUUAUAUUUUUGUCAAAAAUGUCCAUCCAGAUUUUUUGCCGAUAGUGAAUUAAAAGUUCAUGAUAAAUUUCAUGAUUUAACAUUUUCAAAUAAAUGCAAAAGUUGCGAGUUUUCUGUACCUCAAGAUGAGGAUUUAAAUACUCAUAUAUUUGUUCACACUGAUGAAUACAACACAAAAACAAAAAUGCUGAAAUUCAUACAUAAAACUCAUUGGGCUUUUAAAGAACCAAAAUUACAGCUUGUUCAUUGCCCGCUUACAUCCGAGAUCACAUGGAUUGUAGCAAAUCCCGGAAAAAAUUUCGACAUCAAUGAAAAUAGUAACACUAAAAAAUCAACAGAAACGAAACAUACGCCAAAACAAUACUUGUGUAAAGAAUGUCCAGCAAAGUUCUUUAAAAGUUCUGCAUUAAGUUAUCACAUGGGAUUACAUGGCGGCGAUGGCGACCAUAAAUGUAAGAAAUGUAGCUAUGCAGUUAAAAAUAUUGGAAACCUGGCAAAACACGAGCUAUUGCAUGAAAAUGAAAAUAAAUCAUCAAGGUGUGAUUAUGAUUCUGGGGACGACAUGGAUUUCAAAAACAUUCCCUUGUCAGGCACAGAUUUAUUUCAAAGAAAGACUGAGGCUCAAAAAAGAGUUCUUACAGAUAAAGAUAAGCUUGUUAAACCGAACGAUCAUUUUCCACCGGUACUCCAAGCUGACCCUCAAUUUGGCUAUUUAAUGCAUGGAAAUCCAGAGUUCAUAUAUCCUACUUAUCUCAAAAACGGACGCCAAAAAGAAAAACGGUAUAAAUGCCACAAGUGCCCAUCAGCAUUUGAAAAACGGGAACAAUAUAAAAUACAUCUAUCAUUGCACGGGUCGAAACAAAGAUAUAAAUGUGAACUAUGUGACUAUUCUGUAAAAUAUUACGCUAAUUAUGUUCAACAUAUGAGAAAGCACCAAAUGAACGACGAAGCACAAGCGGAAAGGAAAAAAGAAACUAACGGACCUGGCGGACCCGAGCCUGAUAUAGCCGCAAAGCCAGAUAGCAAUGCUGACAAUAUAAAACUAGCAAUUAAAACGAUGCCUAAAAGGCCAGUUAAAAGCGAUUUUCUACAAUUUUCCAUAAGUGAUCAACAAACGCUUAGGUUGUUGCAACGAAGGCGUUCUCUAAAUAUUUCAUCUGGGAAGGAUGCAAACGCGACUGAUCCCUCACCUACAAAGGACCGUAAGCAGCAUAUGUGCUUAUUAUGUCCGUAUAUAAACCAGCGCCAAGACGCACUUAGUAAUCACUACAGAAGACAUGAUGAAACCGACUCCCUCAGCAGUGGUAACCACAAAUGUAAUUAUUGCGAUUUAGUUGUAAUACAAUCUCAUUUUCUACGCGAUCAUUUAAAAACGCACUUUAACUACCAAAAGCAACACAAUCCAGAAUGUUUUGUGGCCAAUGAAAACGUAAGAUUUACAAUAACAAAAUUAGAUGACAAUGAAUUGUCAAGAGAUCUCAAGUUAGAUAUCCCAAACAACAAAAAAAUAUCAAAUAAAAAGAAAAUAUUUGUUAAAAUCAAAACAGGAGAACUUUUUGUAGAUUAGUAAUCAAGUUAAUGUUAGACGUAAGAUAUUAAAUACGUACCUAUAUUACAGUAUAAGGUAAAAUUAGUGUACAUGUAGGAAAAAUAAUAUUAUCAGAUCCAUAGGAGCCAAAAAUAAGAACUGUUGAUAAUCACCAAAGUAAAGCUUGCCAUAUUAGGUUAGAGAUGUUUCGGCUUAUGUAUAUUUGGAACAAAGCUGGGUACAAUAGUUUAAUCAAAAUUAUAGGUACCGAUAACGUGAUCGACUGUGUAUCAAAAGUAGAAUAGAAAAUUAAAAAAAUCAAACAUUAUCUGCCCUCAAAUUAAACUUUAAUUGCUCCCUUAGUGAGUUAAUACUAUUUUUUAUUACGCUCACGCUUUAGACAAAUGUCUAAGAGACAAAUACAUUAUUACAAUACUUUUAAUAAAUGACUUUGAAAAUGGUGCCAAUUAUGUUGUGCACAAAUGUAUAAACUAAACUAAAUUGAAAACGAAGAACAAUUGAUGGGUCUAAAAAUAGUGCCAUCCAUCUCAUUGUGUUAUUUGUAAAAAAGGAUAGAACUAUUUUUACAUCCGUCAAUUUUUCUUCGUUAAGACACAGCAAAAUCGGCAGGAAUCAUUUUUCAUUUCAGAUCACAUUGUCUGGAAUAUGAAGAUAGCAAUAAAAGUUGAAUUUUUUAGCAAAUUACGUGGAUUUUUCCAGUCUGUAUAUAAAAUUAUUUUUGAAUGGUGUUAAGAUUGUAAAGUUGUUAAUUCAAUAAUUAUAGAUAAUCAUUUGUCAUUUAUACCGAAGUGCCUAAGAGCGUCCAAAAAAUUGUAAAAUGUCAUGUCUUAAAAGUAGUCCCAUUCUUGUCAACGGGAAACAUAGGGUAGAGGACAGCACUGAUUUUUAGAGCAGUAAUAAUUGGCACCUAUACUGUGUUAAAUUACCUACUAGACUUGAAAUAAAAAAACAGUUCCUGUCUCAUCUCGCUACUGACCCACUUGAAUGGUUUUUCUAUGUUUGUACCGAUAUGUAAAAACUUUAGGUAAAGAGGAGUUGAGACCAGAAAUUUGGGUAAAGCCUAAGUAAUUAUACCUCAUCAUCAUCAUCAACACUUAAACGUCCACAGCUGGACAUAAGUUUGUAGAGAAUACCAAAAUUCACGAUCCUGGUAAUUAUACCUACCCACAUUUUAUUCUUAAAUAUAUUUGACAAUUUUUAACAAUUUUUAUCAUGGGAUCUGUCAAAAAACUUAACUGAGUAGGAAUUAUUUUUCUUUAUUUUAAUGAUUGUUAUAUGUUUUCAAUUUUUCGCUACCAAAUCGUAAAAAAAAAUCCAUACACAAAGUUUAUGAAGCGCAUUUAUUUCCAAUAUCAUUGAUUAAUAUUGUACAAUAUUGCAAUAAAUCAGGCUUAUUUACUUAUAAGUAGAGAAAAGACACAAGUGAUUAUAAAUAUUUUUACUUAUACUAUUUUUAUUCGAUUACUUGGUAUUAAAUACAUAUA